CAGAAGCCAGCGAGCGAUGCCCAAUGAAAACGAAACUCAGAAUUGCAGCAAAGACUUCAGAUAUCCCCUGUUCUCCGUGAUCUACAGCAUGGUCUUUGCCGUGGGCCUUCCUCUCAAUGCCGCUGGGCUCUGGAUCUUCAUCCGCAGACUCGGUCUGCACACGGUCCCUGUGAUCUACAUGGCCAACCUGGCGAUGUCAGACCUCCUGUUCACGUUGUCAUUGCCUCUGAGGAUCAUCUAUUUCAUCACGGCAACGUGGCAUUUCGGAAACACAGCCUGUAGGAUCGAAGGGAUGCUCUUCUCCGUCAGCUUGUAUUCCAGCUCCCUCUUCAUCAUGCUCAUCAGUGUGGAUCGCCUGCUCGCUUUGGUCUAUCCUCUACGCUCUCGGGCACUGCGCACUCCCACCAUCGCUUGGCUGGCCUGUGGUCUGGUUUGGGGCAUGAUCCUAGCCCUGUCUGUGCCCGUUGUCAUCAACCACAGGUACACUUGGGACAGCAAUUGCAAUGUGUUCCGCUGUUUUGAGCAUUAUAGUAAGGAGGAGUGGAUAAUUGGCUUCUAUAUUCUCCUGGUGGUCACAGUGAUGGGGAUUGCCAUCCCCUUCACCAUCAUCCUGGGCUGCACACUGACGGUGAUUCGGAAGCUGAGGACCAUCUCCUCCACGAUGAUGGAUAAGAACCAAGUUAUCUGUAUAUUCAUGGCCAAUCUUUUCAUCUACUCUAUAUGCUUCAUACCGUUCCAUGUGGCUUUCAUCCUAUUUGGACUGCAGAAGGUCAAGUGGGUCUCUUGGACCACAGACUUCUUCUUCGCCCAAACCAUCACCAUGUGUCUAGCCAGCACCAACAGCUGUCUGGAUCCUCUCAUCUACUACAUCACGACCAAACAAAUCAAGAGAAGCAACAAAACAGAAGCGAGCAUGAUGACAACAAUGACCUAGUAAGAGACACUCAUUAAACACUUAAUAUUUACAAUGGAGAUCGCCAUAAAAGAUGUUUUUGCAUUUUCAUUAUUUGUCAUGCAGGUUUUCUCAGUAGAAAGUGCCCCAAAAGGGUAUAAAGCAGAAAUAUAGUUUUUGUUCAUGUAACUUUUUUGUAAUGUGUGUAAGCCAAUUUCCUUUCAAAGCUAUUAUCUUGUAUAUCUGUAUUUUUGCGCAGUUCCAUAAAUUUCACAAAAUUAUUUGUUAGAUAUCUAAGAAAAGUUUGCAAGAAGCAAUCAAUAAUCAGUUAUCUUCUAGUGCCAUGCCUGCAUUCAUUACCAUUGCUUUGUUUCCCAAUCCUGGUGUUGUUAUUGUCUGAUUCCAU